AUGGCAGUGUCAGGACGUAAACUUCCAGAUUUCCAAUCUUCAGUAUCAAAAGGUUCAGCAGAGGAUUUUAACCACGAGUGUGAUCCCUGUUUGAGUGAUGGUCUACAUGAAGAUGCCCAUGGUUACUGUGUAGACUGCAAGGAAUAUCUCUGCAAAAACUGCUUUAAAUUUCACCAAAGAACUAAGGUUUUUAAUCAACAUCAACUGCUGGACAAAGAUGACAUGGGUUUCUAUGAAACUGCUUCAACACCAUCUCAAGUAAGCACUGAAAAAUGUACAAGACAUGCUAACGAGGUAAUCAAGUUCUUUUGUCCAGAACACAAGGCACUUGGUUGUCAUGACUGCAUGACCAUGGAUCAUAGGACAUGUAAGAUUGACUACAUACCAGAUAACUGUGCAGGAAUAGGGGAUAGUGAAGAAUACAAGGGGACAAUGUGGCUGUUGAAUCAAAAGUUGAAAGAAAUAGAUUCCGUAAUGAAAAAGGCAACAGUCAGGGAUAAGGAGAUUGAUGUUUGUUAUGACAACCUCAACCAGGAAAUUGUCAAAUUCCGAAAAGAAAUAAAUGAUCGCUUAGACCAACUGCAAAAACAAAUUGAGAAAGAGGCUGACAGAAAGAAAUCUGAUGAUAAAUAA